AUGGAAUAUUCCGACAGCGGAAAUCUUGAGCAGCUUGUUCAAGCCAACGGCGGCAUAGAUGAAUCAGAAGCAGUUUUAUAUUUCAAGCAAAUUAUGUCGGCAAUUUCUUAUAUUCACGAAAGAGGUGUUGCGCAUAGAGAUGUAACACUGAAAAAUAUUUUAGUUUCAGCUAAUGGGUCUGCAAAGCUUUCUGACUUUGGUCUUUGCAAACACCAACCCGAAAAUUCUUAUUUGACAACUACAUGCGGGACUUUUGUAUACGUUCCACCCGAAAUUCUUGAAGAACAGAUGUAUGAUGGUCUUAAAGCAGAUAUAUGGUCUGCAGGUAUUUGUUUAUAUGCAAUGACCUGCAAUCAUCUGCCAUGGACAGUAGAUGACUCUAUUCCCCCAGAAAAAGUAUGGGAAGAAACACAAAAUCAAAUAUGCAGUGGGGAAAUCCAAUACGAUGAUAAACAAUGCGAAUUACUUAGAGAUUUACUUUCCCAGAUGCUACAGGUCAAUCCAGAAUUUCGACCUGAUGCAGAUGAGAUAUUAGCUCAUCCUUGGCUAGCGGGUGCAGCCGAUUACCAGCUGCCGGAUGUACCUGAACCUGAUGCAAACUUGAUUAAUCUUGUUAAUUCUCUUAUUAAUAAUUUGGAUAAAUAA